UUUGUACUUCAUGAUUAAUAUUCGUUUAAAAUGCAAUUGCCAUAUUAUUUUUACUUAUUUUUAAAAAUGAUUCAAAUUUGUUUGAAAACAUGAUCUUAUAACACUUAUUUUACACGUGCAAUAAGUUUUGUAUUCUUAACCUUAAAAUUUCGUUUAACCUUAUCAAUUGAAUUUGUUAGAAAAUGUAAAAGAAAAACUAAAAAUUUAAAUAAAGAAACAAUUUGAAGACUUUUCGGAAACAUGAAUAAUUUGACAGAUGCACACUGGUUUCCUUUAACGUCUCAAGGAAAUAUUUAUUCAAUGACAAAGUUAUGCUCAAAUAGUGGCUACAAUAAAGUGUUAGUGGCUUCUUUAAAAAGAAAAAUAUAUUCUUGUGAAUAUCAUUUGAUGCCAAACCUGCAUUUAAAACCAUUGAUUAAGGAAUUACUCUUUACAUACAUUCCCAGCGGUGCUGAAAUUAUAUCUAUUGAUGCUUACAAUAAAUCUGACAGUGGCGAUGGAUUUGUGAUAGGAAUAACUAUUUUGAAAGCAAGUACAGAUACAUCCAUAGAGAGGUAUUUAAAUAUAUAUACAGAAGGUGCUAUAGAUGGAGAAGGAGAUGAAGGCAGUUCAAUUGAAGCCAUAGCACAAAAUUGCCUUAUGGUAGAGUUAGCAUAUACACCAUAUCAUUUGUAUCAUACUAUAUUGCCACAACAAAGUUCUCACAAUGAGGUUGUUUGGUUACUAUCUGGUAGUGAUUAUAAAAUUCAUAUGAUUAGAGAGGAUAAAUUGAACCAUGGCUAUAGUGAAUCAUCGAUCGAAAAAUAUUUUCCUGAAUUGCAUGAUAUCCAAGGAAUUGCAGUAUGGAUUAAUAUUUACUACUAUGAUAAUUACAAUUGGAGACUGACUGUAAUUGGUUGUGAAUGUGGUUUAGUUGUAGUAGCCAUAGUUAAUGUUUUAGAACUGAAAAUCUGUCGAACUUGGAAAUUAAGGUAUGAUAGGCCUAUUUCAAGUGUAUGUAUAUUUCCACAACAGAACAAUGUCAUGAAACCUUCUUUCAUUAAUUCUAAAGGUCCAAAGUUUCCUUUAAGCAAUGAAACAAAAUUGAAUAUCCUUAUUGUAAAUACAAGUAAUGCAGUUGUUUUCAUGGAUAUUUUAAAUAAUGGAAUGGAUGAAGACAUAAUAUUAAAUGGUAGUGAAACAUCUGAUUGCAUUUUAUGCUCUUGUACUGCUGACAUAAAUAUGGAUGGUCGAAACGAAAUACUUCUAGGAACUUAUGGUCAUGAAGUUUUAAUAUUCUGCUUUGUAAAUAGUACAUGGGAAUUGAUCAUUAGAAAAUUAUUUGAUGCACCUGUGCAUUCUAUAUGUUACAUGGAUAUUACUAAUGAUGGAAUGAAAGAACUUAUUGUUCUUACACAACGUGGAGUUCAUAUACUACAGGUUCACAAUAUUGUGGAUGUAAAGGAUAAGUGGAAAAAGCGAUAUCGGAAAAUGCUUAAAGAAAGUAGAAUAUAAUUUUUUAAUGUUAUGAAGAAAGAUCAAAAUAAAUGUCAUUCUUUAGAA